AUGGUCGACCCAACCUGCAUAGACUGCGCGCCGCCCGAGACGAGCACGAUCGCGACCGCCUCCGUGCCAGCCAUUGCAACCACCCCAGCUGUGGCACAGGCCGAACCCCCUGCCUUCGAACCACCACGCAUGCUAACCCCGCACGUGGUCAUCGAGUUCUGCGACCGCUGCAGAUGGGCGCCCCGUGCAUCAUGGACCCAGACUGAACUGAUGCUCACCUUCCCCCCUCCCUUGAUUGCCAGUAUCACCUUGCAGCCACACAACACUCCCGAGACGGGGGGCAUGUUCCGCGUCUGGCUGGACCGGGGGAACGGGUUCGACCUCGUCUGGGACCGCAAGACGGAAGGAGGUUUCCCGGAACUCAAGGUGCUCAAGCAACGGGUACGGAAUCUCGUUCAGCCCGAUAUGCAUCUCGGACACUCGGAUAAGGGGGGAAAGCAGAAGGAGGGUGCAGCGGGCGCCGAAAGUGGACAGGGCGGCGCGUGA